AUUUAAAAGAGAAUUCAUUUUAGUCAGUCGUUUCUUUCUUGCCAAGGCACCGUGCUCGCAAUGUAUUUAAUAACAAGUGGCUUACUAUUACUUCCAUUUAUUUCAUAUGCUUUGGGAGUUCCACCCGUAGUAAGAGUUGGUGCAAUAUUUUCAAACCAACCCGGAAAGUAUAACUCGGAGUUGGCGUUUAGAUAUGCCAUUCAUAGGUUAAAUCUGGAUAAAAGUCUCUUGCCUGAGACAACCGUUGAAUACUAUAUUGAAUAUGUAAAUCGAUUGGAUUCGUUUGAGACAGUUCAAAAGGUGUGCAAACUUGUACAUGUUGGUGUUCAAGCUAUUUUUAGCCCAACUGACUCUGUUUUGGCGACCCAUAUAAAUUCUAUUUGUGAUGCCCUGGACAUACCAAGUAUAGGCCGGUCGGCUCACGACUUUGCCAUUAACGUGUAUCCAUCCCAGCAAUAUGUAAAUCAAGCCUUUAAUGAUGUAAUACACUAUCUGAACUGGACCCGAUUUGGAAUUUUGCAUGAAAAAGACUAUGGAAUUAUAAAUCUGCAUCAGCUAUCCCGCUCUGUUCAGGGUGAAGUGCACAUGCGACAAGUUUCUCGCGGGUCGUAUUUGCCUGUAUUGAACGAAUUCAAGGGUAAAGAAAUACACAAUAUUAUUAUUGAUACAACUUCGGAUGGUAUAUCAAUCCUAUUAAAAAAUAUACUACAACAGCAAAUGAAUGAAUACAAGUACCAUUAUUUGUUUACCAGCUUUGACUUGGAAACUUAUGAUUUGGAAGACUUUAAAUACAAUUUUGUAAACAUAACAUCAUUUCGAUUGGUCGACAUUGGAGAUGUCGGUGUAAAGCAGAUUUUGAAGGAUCUCGGAACCUAUAGCCACCAUAUGUUUCAAAAACCAUUUAUGAAUCCGCAUGUGAGAAAAUCAAUUUCCCUUGAGUCAGAGCCAGCUUUAAUGUUCGAUUCUGUAUACGUUUUUGCUAUUGGGUUGCAGACGUUGGAGCAAUCACACACUUUGAACCUAUUGAACAUGACCUGCGAUGCGGAAAUUCCAUGGAACGGAGGCCUCAGCUUAAUUAAUUACUUAAAUGCGGUUGAAUGGAAAGGUCUAACGGGUCCCAUUCAGUUUAAAGAGGGAAAGCGAGUGCAAUUCAAGUUGGACUUAAUAAAAUUAAAACAACACUCCAUUGUAAAGGUCGGGGAAUGGACCCCCCAUGGACAUCUAAACAUUACCGAACCUUCAAUGUUUUUUGAUUCUGGUUCCAUGAAUGUGACACUGGUAGUCAUAACCAUACUGGAAACUCCCUAUGUAAUGAUGCACUACGGCAAGAACUUUACGGGCAACGAAAGAUUUUAUGGCUUUUGCGUUGAUAUAUUGGAAACCAUUUCUCAUGAGGUUGGGUUUGACUACAUACUGGAUUUGGUACCCGAUAGAAAGUAUGGCGCCAAAGAUCCCGAAUCUGGUGAAUGGAACGGAAUGGUCGCACAGCUAAUGAAAUAUAAAGCAGACUUGGCCGUUGGAUCUAUGACCAUCACAUAUGCAAGAGAAAGCGUUAUUGAUUUCACUAAACCAUUUAUGAAUUUGGGGAUAAGUAUUUUAUUCAAGGUCCCAAGCUCAGAGCCAACAAGAUUGUUUUCCUUUAUGAAUCCAUUGGCAAUAGAGAUCUGGAUAUAUGUGCUGAUUGCAUAUUUUCUCGUAUCUUUUUGUAUAUACGUUGUUGGAAAACUUUCUCCCAUCGAGUGGAAGUAUAUCCACCCCUGCGACUUAGACAAUAUUUCGAUUGGCAAUCAGUUCACCCUGUCCGACAGUUUUUGGUUUACCAUCGGAACUCUUAUGCAACAAUCAACCGAUAUUUAUCCGAGAGCGAUGUCAACAAGGAUAAUAAGCAGUAUCUGGGGUUUUUUUUCACUCAUUAUUGUAGCAUCUUACACGGCUAAUCUCGCUGCUUUUCUUACCACUGAACGUAUGAUUAACCCUAUCGAAAACGCUGAAGAUUUGGCAUCACAAACAGAGAUAUCUUAUGGCACUCUGGAUAGCGGAUCUACGAUGACUUUUUUUCGGGACUCAAUGAUAGAAACGUACAAAAAAAUGUGGAGGAGCAUGGACAAUAAGAAAACAACAGCGUUUACCAGUUCGUAUGAGGAUGGUAUAAAGCGAGUUAAUCAGGGUAAUUACGCCUAUUUGAUGGAAUCCACAAUGCUUGAUUACAUCGUUCAGCGAGAUUGUAAUUUAACGCAAAUUGGAGGAUUGUUGGAUACGAAGGGAUAUGGUAUUGCUACACCAAAAGGUUCACCUUGGCGGGAUAAAAUUUCGUUGGCUAUACUUGAGCUUCAGGAAAAAGGUGAUAUUCAAAUGUUGUAUGAUAAAUGGUGGAAAAACACUGAUGAAACUUGUACCCGGCGAAGCACAAGCAAACAAUCAAAAGCAAAUGCACUUGGUUUGGAAAGCAUAGGUGGUGUAUUUGUGGUUCUAAUGGCUGGAAUUUUUGUGGCUGCGAUUGUGGCGUUCUUCGAAUUUUGGUUUAAUUUUCGACACCUUCAUAAAGCUACGUCAAUUAAAACGGGCGUCAAUAGUGAUUCCACUCAAGGCGUGAUGGCAGAAACCGAAUGGAAAUAUACACCACCAACCCGUUGCUUUUGGAUCGAAAUUUUCGAGGAACUGCGAUAUGCAUCAUGGUGUAUGAACAAGCAAAAAAGACCUGAGUUAAGUCGAGUUUGUAGUGAAUGUAAGAUUCCACAAAGACAAACGUAUAUAUAACGUUAAAUUAGUCUUAACGCCCGAAAAGUGACAUACAAUUUUUCGGUGGGCUUUACGUCACUUAUGGUAGUGUCAUAACUCCCGCAGAUUACAAAAUUUAAAUAUUGUAUUAAUAUAAUAUAAAUAUAAUAUUUGUAGAACAGAGCUUCAUUGAAUUUAAAAGAAGAAAAAAAAACAUUUUUGCUAUCACCCUUUCAAUAAAAGAUAAAUAAAGAGCACCGCACGUUUAAAUUGUUCAUCCUAUAAA